UGUUAUCUGUUUAAGGAUUAAUUGUGUAAUUAAAAAAAAUACUACAAAAAAAAAUAACGAUGUAUCAAAAUGGAAACUAAUGUUUGCCAAUACCAUUUGCUUGUAUUUGGCUAACGGUUGGUAUGGCAGCCCACAAGAAAAUUUGAUGUUUCAGAGAUCCAAAACUUGGAAAACUAACGUGAUUGUUUUAUCCAGGAGUAUCAGCUAUGCACAAUAACCGGCCAAGGUGCAAUCAGAUUAAAAGGCUAGCUCGACAUCAAAAAGAAAGAAACUUUAAUAUCGAGAAAACAUGUUUGCAUUGAUCCGGAUGACACGUAUGGACGUGCAUGAAUCUAUUUUGUCUAUCCCACUAGGGAAAAAAGACGAGCAAAACGGACAAUUUCCGUUCGUUUUUAUUUCCGUACUCUUCAGCAGCCCAGCACGACUCUGACGCUACAUUGAUCGAACCUUUGCAUCGAUCCACCGACUUGUGAUGAUGCUACUGUGGUUGGGUUCCGACCAAAGCAGACGUCAACCUCUUGUUGUAUAUACAAACACCAGCCGGCAACUACAACAAGAAAACACGAAAAAAAAAAAAACAUUUCCUAUUAGACGGAGCCUGUAGAAGAGGCAGCUCAACUUCAGCUGAGACACAUAUUCUUCCAAAUUGCUACGAUCGUUUAGGAUCCUUAAUCGCCGGUUUAGCUCCAUAUUAAAGUGACGUCCGAGAUGAAUCCCAAUUGAUUCGAAAACAUCAUCAUUCGUGCUUUUACGAGGGUUUCGGUAACCUGCCAAUCGACCAUUAUGUCACACCUUUUUUCCUUAUGGCAACAGCCACUACGUCAAUACAAAUAGUGGCAAGUUCUCUCAGGAUUCCAUCUGGAGGAUAAGCGAAUGGGUUCGGAUGUGCAGACGACUCUACGUCAAUCUCUGCCAUAAUGUGGAGUUGAAAGAGCCAUCAAGAGGCGCCUGCGCUGCUCUCUGAGAAAUGGAAAUGGGAAGUAAAUGACGUAGAAGCAAAGAGGGUGGGAUGCUGAAUCCCUUUCGCUUUUCUAUAGAAUCUUGAACAGCGGCAACAAAGAGAAAAGUCCAACCCUUUUGGCGACGUUUGAGUUGUACCAAGUCUGUCUCUGCUGCUACUCCGGUAACGUCAGCAGUAGUACACAUAUACCACAAUUGUCACGACCAUAACACAAGUCAGGCACGUCGACCGCCGAGGUUAGAUUGACAAGACGACAACUUUUGUGCCGAGAUGCUGGAAAGUGCGCUCUCACUUCCGUCAUGAAGUUAAGAGAACUACUCUUCUUCAUUUCCGUCUGCUUUCUUCACAGGGUUAGCGGAGAAGUGUCGUCCUCACCGUCCCGGGCCCGUCUGAAAAAUGUGACCAAUGUUCUCGGUCAAUUGCUCGAAGAUUACGACAUUCGGCUUCGUCCAGAUUUCGGAGGCGAUCCUCUCUAUGUUGGCAUGGAUAUCACAAUUGCCAGUUUCGAUGCCAUUAGCGAAGUCAACAUGGAUUACACGUUAACAUUGUGCCUCAAUCAGUAUUGGAGAGACGAACGGCUGGCUUUCACGCACGAGAAGGAGGACGUCAUCCUCACCCUGAGCGGUGACUUCUCCAACAAAAUCUGGGUGCCUGACACUUUUUUCGCCAACGACAAAAACAGUUUUCUACACGACGUCACGGAGCGGAACACUCUGAUGCGGCUGCACGGUGACGGGAGCAUCGAGUACGGACUGCGAUUCACCACCACUUUGGCGUGCAUGAUGGAUUUGCAUUAUUAUCCUUUGGACCAUCAAAACUGUACCGUCGAAAUCGAAAGUUACGGAUACACAGUUUCGGAUGUCGUCAUGUUUUGGCGAGAAACGCCCGUCGUUGGCGUCGAGGAUGCCGAGUUACCUCAAUUCACCAUCAUCGGAUACGAAACCAACGAUCGUAUGGAAAAGUUGGCCACAGGAGCCUAUCAGCGGCUCUCGUUGUCCUUCCGUCUGCAGCGCAACAUUGGCUACUUUAUUUUCCAAACUUAUUUGCCGUCGAUCCUGAUCGUCAUGCUUUCCUGGGUCUCUUUCUGGAUCAACCACGAAGCCACCAGUGCCCGCGUUGCUCUAGGUAUCACGACCGUAUUGACCAUGACGACCAUAUCGACUGGCGUUCGCUCUUCUUUGCCACGCAUCAGCUACGUCAAAGCCAUCGACGUCUAUCUGGUGAUGUGUUUCGUCUUUGUCUUUGCUGCCCUGCUCGAAUACGCCGCAGUCAAUUACACCUUUUGGGGAGCCAGAGCCAAGAAAAAGAAGAAGGGCGGACCGCAAAUGUCAUCAGCAGCUGAGGAUGAUCACAUUAAGAAUAGGGACUGCCAUUUGGAUGGGCAAGAAGAGGACAGUUGUGACGAUGGCAUCAUUCAAUUGCACGAUCUGAGAAUGUCGCCCAUACCGUCGCUUCGCAAUCGACAUCAUCAAACGACGACGACGACGUCAGGCGGGACUGCAUCAGGUCGAGUCAGCAAUAGCCACAAAGUCAUCGGUCCGCCCAGUUUGCGCUUUGUCCGCCGUGGUCACCUGACCACGCAACAUCACCAUCAUCACCACCAUCACCACCAUUCGUGUUCUCAGGCGAAGCAUUUCUGGUCGUCAAACUCGAAACCGCAAUCGCGUUGCUGUCGUAAAGCCACAAACGCAUGUUUGACGGCCAGAACGGGCCAGCUGAAUCAUCACGGCCAAAAGGAUGGCCGAGACAAGAGGACGACGUCCAAUGGCGACAGUCGUCUCCUCUGCGGAAUUUACUCUCUGCCCAAGAUCAAAGACGUUAAUCUUAUCGAUAAAUACUCACGCAUCGUUUUUCCGGCUGCAUUCGCCAUUUUUAAUGUCGUCUACUGGAGUAUUUACAUACUUCUCUAAAAAUAAAAAGAAGGAAAAUUCUAUUCAAUGGCCCCUGAAAAAAGCCAAAGUAUUUGUAGAGCGGAAAAGGAAAAUUCGUUUUUUUGUUGUCUCGCAUUUUAUCCUUUCAUGUAAAAAUCUUCAACUGCCUAAGAAUUCCAGAUGUGAAACAACUUGAAUGAAGAGAACAUUUCCUUCUCCACGACGCGCAUUAGUUAUAAAUUGAUAAUUAAAAGCACCCCCCGCUGCAUGAUUUAAAAAAAUGAAAUAAAAGUUCCAUUGAAGGUUUUCUCCUUUCAACGUCUCUGACGGACUCUGAAUCCGAUCCGUCGAUUGUUUACGUUUUGACGCAUGCUCUGUAGUGGUUCUAUAAAAAUACCAUGUCCGUGUGUUACAUACAAUAUACUUUAUGCGUCCACCAGA